AUGGGUGGCCGAAAAGUGAUGGUUCAGCCCAUCAACAUUAUCUUCUCUCAUCUCCAAAAGCACAACCGCGUAUCAGUCUGGCUCUACGACAACAACGAGUUCCGAAUCGAAGCCUUCGUCGUUGGUUUUGACGAAUUCAUGAACCUUGUUUUGGACGAUGCGGAAGAAGUGUAUGAUUGUGGGGCAAAGCCGGGUAAGGAGGUUCAACCGCGGAGAGAACUCGGUCGUAUACUGCUGAAGGGCGACAACAUCACUCUGAUACAACCAAUCACCGCCUAA